GACCUGCCGCAAUCACCUGUUCGCCUAAAUGGCCUAGCCAGCCAGAAACGGCUAAUUCCUCACGAUUAUCAUAAGAUCUCUGUCUACUUUACCGUCCUUCUUUUCAGAGCUGCUGUGGACAUCUACCUUCUCUGCAACCUACGAGAAGAGCUACACCUUGGCAGCCGGCCCCCUCUGCUGAUCAAAUCCAUCGUGCCUACCUGCAUGGCCCAGUAUCAGCGUGCUCUUGCGAUUCACAGCCAGGGCCACCGGAAUCGGGGCCAGUCCGCAAGGCCGGUCGACAAAGAAGACGCUAAAUCCCAACACAGAAGCACUGGUCAAGUGGUAGUACAGUUCUCGCUUUGUCGGCCCAUUUCGACACUCUCCAACACGCUGACCGGUCAUGUCGCCUAUUUGCUUCAAGAGACCCGCUGCAAGAUGGAGCUGGAUCCCUGUUGUCGACGCAAUGCGGGGCCCAUGGACGGCACGGAUUGUGACGGUGAAUGCGCUGUAGUGCAUUUGACUGGUUCAGCAGUCCAGUUGCUUCAGCUAGCCUAUUAUCGAUCCACUCGUGCGACUGGUCCCAGCUCGUCUAAUAUCGAUCCUUAUCGCCGAAGAGGUAAGCUCUCCAGCUUUGAGACAAAGCGGCCUAUGAUUCACAGUGAGGUGCACGCUGUGGCUGUUGAAAAUGAAUCGAUCCAGCCAACUUCACAGGCUAGGCCACACAAAGCCAUCGUAGUCCUGUUCAUGAAUUACCUUUCCUUCCCGGCCAGUCGAUUCUACUCUCGUAACCUUAUAGAUCCCACUCUAUUUCAUCUGCCCAUCUUGUGUUGCAUUGACUCUUUUACUGCCUUCCAGAGGGCAUAUGCACUGCGGGCGUACUCACGUUCUCCGGGCCAUUUAGAGCUCUCGAAUAUUUGGACAGAUGUUGCUCAGGAUCCAUGUAAGCUUGAUUGGCCAACUGGCUCUUGA